AUGAGGGAGAAGGGCCGCAGGAAGAAGGGCAGGACCUGGGCAGAGGCCGCCCGGACGGUCCUGGAGAAAUAUCCCAACACCCCCAUGAGCCAUAAAGAGAUCCUUCAAGUGAUCCAGAAAGAAGGCCUGAAGGAAAUCAGAAGUGGGACAUCCCCCCUGGCCUGCCUGAAUGCCAUGCUGCACACCAACUCCCGGGGUGAGGAGGGCAUCUUCUACAAGGUGCCAGGACGGAUGGGUGUCUACACCCUCAAGAAGGACAUCCCAGAUGGGCUGAAGGAGCUGUCAGAGGGCUCUGAGGAGAGCAGUGAUGGCCACUCAGACUCGCAGAGCUCCGAGCACAGCAGCUCCAGCAGCGACGGCUGCGCCACCAAGGAGGGCAAGAAGAGCAGGUGGAAAAGGAAAGUGCGGUCCCGCCUGGCCCCGUCGGGCUCCCCCCAGCCCGGCUGUGCCUCCCCGUCCAUCCCUGGCAAGGGCCUGUCCUGCUCCCAGAAACACAGCAAGAAGGCUCUCAAACAGGCCCUGAAGCAGCAGCAGCAGAAGCAGCAGCAGCAGCAGCAGUGCAGGGCAGCAAUGGGGGCAGCAAUGGGGCCAGCAAUGGGGCCAGCAAUGGCUCUGCCCUCCAGCCAGCACGUCCUGCUCAAGGCCAAGGCCAGCACAGGCAGCAAGUCAGGUUGGGAAGGGAAGCAGGCAGUUGGACAUUCCAGCAGCCCCCCAAACUGCAGCUCCUCACCCUCGGGGAAGCUUGAGAACUCCCUGCCAGGGCUGGCCAAGAAGCCCUUCCCCAGAUCUGACAGGCUCCAUGCACGGCAGCUGAAGAGAGCACGCUGUGCUGACAUCGAUGUGGAGACCCCGGACUCCAUCCUGGUCAACACCAACCUGAGGGCUCUGAUCAACAAACACACCUUCAGUGUGCUGCCCCCCGAGUGCCAGCAGCGCCUGCUGCUGCUGCUGCCCGACGUGGACAGGCAGGUCGGGGCCGAUGGGCUGAUGAAGCUCAGCAGCUCCGCUCUCAACAACGAGUUCUUCACAUCGGCUGCUCAGGGCUGGAAGGAGAGGCUGUCAGAAGGAGAGUUCACCCCAGAGAUGCAGCUGCGGAUCCGGCAGGAGCUGGAGAAGGAGAAGAAGGUGGAGCUGUGGAAGGAGCAUUUCUUUGAGAGCUACUAUGGGCAGAGCUCUGGGCUGAGCCCCGAGGAGUCGGAGCGACUGACGGCACAGCCCGAGGCCGAGCCCGCCCGGGCCCGCAGCCCCCCGGGCCCAGCCCGGCCCCAGGGCCCGGCCCCGGCGGAGCCCAGGCCACAAUCAGCCCCGGGGCCAGCAGCCAACAGAGCAGCACAGGAGGCCAGAGAGGAGCCACAGCCCAAGGCGGCCAAGGCCACCGAGGCGUCCCCGGUGAGAGGCGGUGACAGAGAGAGACCCCCCGAGGAAAGCGUGCCCCAAAAACCCCUCGGUGGCUGCAGGCAGCAGCCGGAGGAGCAGAGGAAGGCUGGGCCAGGCAAGGAGGCUCCGGGUGCCCCCAGCAAACCAAAGAGCCCCGAGGCAGCUGAAGGAGCAGCGAAGGCACCGAGCCCCGCGGCAGCCCCGGACACGGCGGAGAAGAAACCCGGCGGCAGCGAGGCCAUGGAGGUGGGUGUGGAGGCCCUCAAGAGGAAGGUGGAGAGCAGGGAGGAGGCUCCAGGCACCCCUGAGAAGAAGCCGCGGGUGGCUGAGCCCUGCCAGCAGCAGCAGCAGCAGCCCCAGGCCUUUCGGAACCAGCCCUUUCCUGGCGCGGGGCCGGCGGUGCCGCGGGUGCCCCCGCUCAAGAUUCCCGUGUCCAGAAUCUCGCCGAUGCCAUUUCCUGCGGGCCAGGUCUCUCCCAGGGCUCGCUUCCCCCUGUCCCUCGGCAGUCCCGGCAGGACAGGGGCCAGGACCUUGGCUGACAUCAAGGCCAGGGCGCAGCAGGCCAAGGCUCAGAGGGCAGCGGCCGCCGCCGCCGCCGCCUCGGCCGGGGGAGCCGUGCCAGGGCCCGGCCCGGGCGGGGGGAGACCCCCGGGCAGCGGGGGAGACCCUGCGGGAGCCCCCCACCCCACAACUGGAGCCAACACACUGGAACUGGCAGGAACUGGAAGCGGGGGAGGUUCGAGAAGGUUCCUUCCCCACGGCCCAGGGCCCCGUUCCCAAGGGGAGGGGCAGGCGGAGCCGGGAGCUGCUCGCCAUCCUGCUGGAGCACAGCUACAGCCAGGGGCCUCUGCGGCUGCCCCAGCGCUAGGGCACGGCUCGGGGGCCACCGCCAGCACCCCGCGGGCCACCGCCACCCCGGGGUCCCCAGGUGCCACCAGCGGGGACAGGGCAGCGACAGCCCCUCCUGCCCCGGCUGGGAACGGACCUGGCUGUGGCACCGGGACCCCGGGAGCACCCACGGUGACCCCGGGAGCACCCACGGUGACCCCGGGAGCACCCAAGGCCUCAGCAGGGAGCGGCUGUGACCCUUCCAAAAGCAAAUCUCCUUCCCCUCCGGGCUCCUCCGUGCCACCCUCGGGCCCUGGAGCCCAGGCUGGAGCUGUGGGUGUGCCCGUGCCAACCUCCAGCAGCUCCUCAGCAGCCCCCAGCCUUAAAUCUCCUCCCGGUGGGGCCGUGCCCAGAGCGAGCUCCAGCAUUCCUGCCAACAACCCUUUGGUGACGCAGCUGCUCCAAGGCAAGAGCGUCCCCCUGGAGCAGAUCCUGCCCAAGGCGCUCACCAAGGCAGAGAUGAGAACGGUCCCCGUGGCUGCUCAGGAAGAGAAGGGGGCUCCGGGGGACAGAGCAGCCAGCCUGCCCCCCCAGCAGCUCGGGAAGAUCUUGUGCCACAACAGGCCCGUGCCUCACAUUCCAAGGACCUUCCUGCCCUCGGGAAAGGAGCCCGGUGCUGAGCCCCAGCAGUGCCACGAGGCGCUGAGCAAAUCCACCCAGGAGCAGAUCCUGCAGACUCUCAUCAAGAGGGUGCAGAGGCAGAACGUGCUGCCCGUCCUUCAGCCCUCGCAGCUGAACCUCCCACACUCAGGUUUCCCCACGGAAAGCAGCUCCACCAGCCAGAGAUUCAUGCUGGGCUUCACGGGCAGGAGGACAUGCAAGCCUGCCAUGUCCGGGCACUACCUGCUCAACAUCUCCACCUACGGCCGCGGCUCCGAGAGUCUGAGGAGAGGCUUCUCCCUGCAGGCCGAGCCCCGCCUGGGGCUGGGCAGCCCCGCCGAGGCUGCCAGGGCAGAGCUGGGCGAGUGCGGGGACACGGGCGGCCAGGAGAGCAGCAGCGAGGAGGGCACGGAUGAGGAGAGCUCCGGGGAUGAGCGGGAGCGCACCAGCAUCAAAGAGGAGCCACGGGCGGGGCAGGGCGAGCAGGAGCAGGGCUCGCACGGCGCCGUCCCUGCGGAGCUCGGCUCCCUGGUGGGGACCAAGGCCGGCAAGGCCGAGGCAGCCGCCAAGGAGAAGGUGCUGGAUGGCUCCGCGCUGGCCCGGGACCUGCUGCAGGCAGCACAGGAGCAGAUGGCCCACGCCAUGAGGGGCAAGGGCCAGGGCAGCGCGGAGCUCUCGGGGCCCUCCAGCCCGUCCCCAGACUCAGCCCAGCCUCCGCUGCUCCCCGCCCCGCACCCCCCAAAGCUGCCGGGCAGCGCCGCGGCUCCGCUGCUGGGGCCCAGCUACAGCGGCACCAUCAACGUCUCCACCUCGGCCGACGUGGGCCAGGGCUCGCUCGUGGGCGACUGCGGCCAGCUGGGGAGCAGCUCCAUGGGCAACGUCAUGUCCUUCUCGGUGACCGUCACCACCAUCCCCGCCGGGCAGGCCGUGAGCUCCGGCGGCCACGGGCAGAGCCUGGCGGUGCCGGCGUUCGCCGAGGACGGCGCCAUGGAGGAGCCGCCCUCCAAAUGUUACUGCAGGUUGAAAGCCAUGAUCAUGUGCAAGGGCUGCGGCGCCUUCUGCCACGACGACUGCAUCGGCCCCUCCAAGCUCUGCGUGUCCUGCCUCGUGGUGCGGUAACGGGGGCGGCGGCUCGGCUCCCUCCGGGGGCUGCUGUGGGAAGGACCUUGGGAAGAAACAGGAAUUUUUACUGCCUUGCACAAGAGACACGUUACUGAAUCAGGAAUCCAGAGUCAGAGUCCUUCUUUCAUUGACGAAAGAGCACCUUCUUGUACAGGGAGUCGAAAUCACGCUCGACGACGUGAAUUGUGACAAGAGUUUGCACUUAAGGAAUUAUGUAAAUACGCCACAUUAUUUUGUUUAAAGAUAUUUUUUCAAUCUU